CUACACGGACACAAGAGACACAUAGGUGAAGAGCCCCGAAGGUUUUUGUUGUGAAAUUUAAACAGCCGACCCGUUUUGCCUCGGCCAGCUGUGACAGUGUGUGUGUGUCUGUGCCGGUGACUGACCAGUGAGCCCGUCGUUUCGCUAAGUUUAUCUUAAAACGCCGAGAAGGUGGGAAUUAAUAAAGAUCUACCAGAGAGCCCUCAUUUGCAGUUCAUCGGCUUUGACAAGAUACUUGGAUUUUAAUUGCUGAGCUGGUCCUUUCCAGGUUGAGUUGAGCUGGGUUCUUGCAUGGUUGCAAUGCAGACUGUCUUCUAGAGACUACCAGCCACUGUGAAGCUCUGCUACUCCAGUCCAUCAGUCUACACCGCUGUAACAGUAGACACCCCGGGUGUCUGUGAUGUCCUUUCUCCUCUCCUCUCUGUGGGCAUAAUGCUGACCUUCAUCUGAGCCCCUCGCCACUCCAUCAAGUCCCACACCCCUCCUGUCCCUUCCUUCUGUCCCCAUAACCCCUUGCUGGCUCCAUCAUGACCAGUUUGAAGCGCUCCCAGACAGAGCGCUCAGUUGGGGGCACAGUUGCUGCCUCCGAUGAGUUCUACACCCGCCGCCUUCGGCUGCCCAAUGGAGGGGCCCCACCACCCCGAAGCGAGAGUGCCCACAUCUCCUCAUCAUCCACCACAGGCACCAACCCUGGUGUCCCCAAGAUGGGGGUCCGUGCCCGUGUGGCUGACUGGCCCCCGCGGAAAGAUGGGGGUGGAGGAGGUGUCUGGCAUAUUACCGUGGAAACAGACUCCCCCAGCUCCACCAACACUAGUUCUUCAGGAUCAGGAAGUGGAGAAAGAGAAAGGGUUGGAGGAGGAGGUGGUAGUGGAGGAGGAGGAGGUGGCGGAGGAGGAGGAGGGGUGUCGGCUGUCACGGCGCAUAGUAAUCUUUCAGCCAAGCUAGGCCACCUGAUUAGUCCUCAGGACUCUUCCAUGCUGCGCAACAUCCACAACACCCUGAAGAACAAGAUGCAGAGCAAGGGAAAGGACAAUCGCUUCCUGUCACCAGAUGGCUAUCUGGGCUCACCUCGCAAAGGCAUGAGGCGCAUUCGCCAGCGCAGUAAUAGCGAUAUAACCAUCAGUGAACUAGAUGGCGAUGGCAGUGAAGGCUGGUCUUUUUCCGGGUGGACACCAAUGCACCGUGAGUAUGGCAGUACCUCAUCAAUAGAUAAACAUGGGGUAUCAGGAGAGAGCUUCUUUGACAUGCUUAAGGGCUACCAGUCCUCUGAGGCACCUGAUCAGCGAAGUCCGGCUCCAGAAAGGCUGGGUGAGCUCCUUACUGUGGCCCCCAUCAAACAGGCUGCCCUAGACUUGCCUGAUGGGCCUCUGGGUUUGUCCAGAGGCAGCCCUGCCAGCCGCUUAAAGGAGCGAGAGAAGCAUUUGAAGAGGAGAUCAAAAUCUGAGACAGGUGGAGAGUCAAUAUUUCGCAAGUUGCGUAGUGUGAAGGUGGAGGGUGAUUCCUCCCGAGCUGGCUCAGAUGCAGAAGAUGGUGGAAAAGGAGAUGAGAGUGGCCCCCCUCCCAAACCCUGGGUAUGCCAAAAAGGUUUUGCCCACUUUGAUGUCCAGUCUCUUCUCUUUGACCUCAAUGAGGUUGUCCAGAGUCGACAGUCAGGCGGCAAACGCAAGAACACAACUACCGGUGCCUCUGCUGCAGCUGCUGCCUCCGCUUCGGCCUCUUCCUCACUCUCCUCCAAUCAGAGUGGAGUGUAUGGUUCACCUUGUGGCUCACAAGAGGAGCUGAGCACAAAGGAGGGGACAGGAGGAGGACACACUACCAACCCUGCCCUGGACCCGGGUGAUGACAAGAGCAAUGACCUGGUCCUGAGCUGCCCGUGUUUCAGGAACGAGAUUGGUGGAGAGGGUGAGAGAACCAUCUGUCCCUCUAAACAGCAGGGCAGCAUUGGUAGUGGUGGGAGCUCAGGCAGUUCUUCAGGCAGUACAGACGAAAGUCCACUGGAGGCUACCCUUACUACCCACUUCACCAACGCUGGCGUGGCUGUGUUGGAGGCUCCUAAAGAUGGGCAGGGCCAGCAUGCUGACAGGGCCAAGCGAUACAUUGUAGAACAUGUUGAUCUUGGGGCCUAUUACUACCGCAAGUACUUUUACCUUAGAGAGCACUGGAACUACUUGGGAGUGGAUGAGAACCUGGGCCCAGUGGCAGUGAGUCUGAGAAGGGAGAAGUUGGAGGAGCACAAGGAACAUGGGCAGCAGUACAACUACAGGGUCAUCUUCAGAACUAGUGAGUUGAACACCCUGCGCGGGUCCAUCCUUGAGGAUGCAGUUCCCUCCACCUCCAAGCAUGGUCUGGCUCGAGGCUUGCCCCUCAAAGAGGUACUGGAAUACCUGGUGCCUGAGCUCAAUGCCCACUGCCUGCGCCUGGCACUCAACACACCGAAAGUGACGGAGCAGCUGAUGAAGCUGGACGAGCAAGGCCUGAGUUUCCAGCUGAAGGUAGGGGUGAUGUACUGCAUGGCGGGCCAGAGCAGCGAGGAGGAGAUGUACAACAAUGAAUCAGCUGGUCCUGCCUUGGAAGAGUUCCUCCAUCUGUUGGGAGAGAGGGUCAGGCUCAAAGGCUUCACCAAGUACCGUGCUCAGCUGGACACCAAGACCGACUCAACGGGCACCCACUCCCUCUACACCACUUACAAGGAUUAUGAGAUCAUGUUCCAUGUGUCCACCCUGCUGCCCUACACGCCCAACAACAAACAACAGUUACUGCGGAAGCGGCACAUAGGGAAUGAUAUCGUGACCAUCGUUUUCCAGGAACCUGGGGCACUGCCUUUCACCCCCAAGAACAUUCGCUCCCAUUUCCAGCAUGUCUUUGUGGUGGUGCGCACACACAACCCCUGCUCGGACAAUACCUCUUACAGUGUGGCGGUCACCCGUUCCAAAGACAUGCCGUCCUUUGGCCCCCCUAUCCCAGAGGGCAUGACGUUCCCCAAGUCCUCUGUGUUCCGGGACUUCUUGCUGGCCAAGGUCAUCAACGCUGAGAACGCUGCACACAAGUCGCAUAAGUUUCGUGCCAUGGCCACACGAACACGCCAGGAAUACCUACGUGACCUGGCUGAGCGCCACACAACCAGCACGCCCAUUGACCCCUCUGGUAAAUUCCCCUUCAUUUCACUGGCCCACAAGAAAAAAGAGAAAAGCCGACCAUACGCAACGGCUGAGCUACGCAGCCUGGGGGCCAUCACCUGGGCUGUGCAUGCUGAGGACCAUGGAACUGGAGGGGAACUGGAGGCCCUGUUGGCCAUCUCCAAUGACUUCCUCAUCCUGUUGGACCAGGAGGCCAAGGCUGUGGUGUUCAACUGUGCCACCAAGGAUGUGAUUGGCUGGACACUGAGCAGCCCAGCUUCUAUGCGCAUUUUCUACGAGCGGGGAGAGAGCGUGUCUCUGCGGAGUGUCAGCAAUAACACAGAAGAUUUCAAAGAGGUGGUCAAACGCCUGGAGCUUCUGACUAAGGGCUGUGAAACAUCAGAGAUGACACUUCGCCGUAAUGGCCUGGGUCAGCUGGGCUUCCAUGUCAACUAUGAGGGCAUCGUGGCUGAGGUGGAGCCCUACGGUUACGCCUGGCAGGCGGGCCUGCGACAGGGGAGCCGGUUGGUGGAGAUCUGCAAGGUUGCCGUGGCAACACUCACUCAUGAGCAGAUGAUCGACCUGCUGAGGACCUCGGUGACGGUGCGCGUGGUUAUCAUCCCGCCACAUGACGAUGCCACACCACGCAGGGGCUGUUCAGAGCUUUACCGCAUGCCUGUAGUGGAAUACAAGGGCAGCAGUGGCGAUGGCGGCUCCUUUGAGUACAAGUUCCCCUUCCGCAGCAACAACAACAAAUGGCAGAGAACGUCCAGCAGCCCCCAGCAGUCUCUGACUGCCUCACCGCAGCCCCAUACCCCCAACAGGGCUGUCAGCCUGGGUAGCUCGGUGGGCAAGACCCUGUCGGCUGAGAGGCUGGAGAGGGGCGCCGUCAUCCCACGCAGUGUCAGCAGCGACGGCCGGCCCCUGGAUAGUAAGAGGAUGUCCCCGGGCAGUGAGAGCUAUAGCCUGGCCUCCUCCCUGGCGUUAGGUCGUUCCCCUCACAACCGCAGUUCUCCCAGCAACCUGUCCUGCUCCAGCGAAGCCUCCGCAGGCUCCGCCCACUGGAGACAGAAGUCCAUGCCUGAACAAUUUGCAAGCAACCGUCACUCUCCAAUGUCCUCGGAGAGACAGGUGGUUGGAGAAGGUGGGUCAAGCGGCAAGUCCACUCCCAAUUGGUCAAGAAUGGAGGAAGGGGGAGGAGUGGAACGAGGUUCAACAGAAGCCCCAGUCUCCAAGUCUGGUCCAGGCUACUCUGGAGCUCCCCGCAUCCAAAGGCAGGAGCAGGUCAUCCACCUGUCCCCCAAGAAGGGCAGUCAGUCUGAUGGCCCUUACUCUGGUCACUCUAGCAGUAACACUUUAUCCAGCACAGCCUCCAGUGGGGGCCACAGUGAUAGUGACAAGUGGUAUGAGCUGGGGGCUGGUGGAGGGUCCAGCGGAGACCAGGCUGAGACAGAGCCUAAUGGCCUGGGAGGAGGAGGCUACCUGCAGGGAGCCUCGGCCGACAGCGGCAUCGACACAAGCUCUUAUGGAGCUUCUCACCACGCCCACCCCCAAUCUCACCAUGGCAGCUCCAGCUCCCUACUGGCUCCCAGUGGAGGGAGAGAAGGCAGGGAACGGACGUCAUCGCCCUGGCACAGCCCCACAGAGGGGGGGCGCAGGAUGCUGGAGAGGUCACCUGCUGCUGCUGAGUCGCCAGGACCUCCAGGAGAAAGAAGUAUGGAUGGGACAGGACGGAGCCCACCUACUCACCUCCUGGUUAGAGACAGCAGCACUUACAGUCUGAGUGAUGGUGGAUCACACUCCAGGCACUCAGGCCACAGCUCCCCCAGAGAGGAAUCCUCUUCUUCAGCAACAUCCCCUUCAUCCCAGUCCUCUGUAUCUCCGGGGCCCAAGAGCUUCUACCCCCGCCAGGGAGCUCAGUCCAAGUACCUGAUUGGCUGGAGGAAGCCUGGUUCCACCAUCAAUUCUGUGGACUUUGGAGACACACGCAAGAAAUCCCCAGGAGAGAGUGGAGUGGAGGUUGUUCCAACCCCGGCAGCUAGGCCUUCUCUAAGGGAUAUGCACUCCCCUCAGCCCCAUGCCAAGUCCACCAUGGAGGAAGAUAUAAAGAGGCACAAUGCCCCAGACAGCCCCCAACCAACACGCAGACACAAGGACAAGUCUCAGUCUCCAUCAAGUCAGCCUCCCAGCCAUCGUCGUUCGCUCCAUCGCACCCUGUCGGACGAGAGUAUCUACCGUGGCCAGAGGCUUCCUUCCUUGAGUGACACGGUGCCUGAACCAACACUUGGCUCCGACGUUCUCUUCAGCUGCUCCACCGUGCCGCGCUCACCAACCACCCGUGGCGUGCCCCUCCGGCGGCCCUCAUAUAAGCUGGGUGUCAAGCUCCAUGGUGACCUGUCUGCAUCUGACACGUCACUGGUGGAGCUGAUGGAGCGUCACCGUGGACCGAUUCCUCAGGAGCUGAUGCCCCUUCCAUCUUCAGACAGGGACAGCCCUCUGGAGUGGACACACCUGGUGGAUGUGGCCAACACCUUUGAAAUCCAGAGAACCUAUGUAUUUGGGGAUUCAAAUCACCGAAGCAGCGGCGCCUCCAGUCCCCAGCAGCCUCACAUAGAGCUACAGCCUGCUCCACUGUCCAGGCCUUCAUCGAGUGAGGGUCACAUAGGGUUGGAGAGGAAAGUCACUAAGCUGGAGGCCAUGGUGAAAAUGCUCCAGGAGGACCUGAAGAAGGAGCGAGAAGAGAAGGUGCGCCUUCAGGCUCAGAUCAAGAGGCUGUGGGAGGACAACCAGAGACUGCAGGAGGAGUCCCAGACCUCAGCCGCCAAGCUCAAGAAGUUCACUGACCAUCCUUCACCACACAACAGCCUACCGUCCCCUCUACUAAAGCAGCGGACAUCUUCAGGCUUUGGCAGGACAGAAAGAAAGAGAGGACUCUACUCUUCAUCUCACUAUCUCAAGGAAUGCCGAGCGCAAACUGAUAAUAAAUGACAGACAUUUUUGGAAGGGAAAGGGCAAGAGGUGGACUUUUUUCCAGAUUAAUUUAUUUCCUUGUAUUAUAAUUCCAAUAAAUAAGUUGUUCUAUUCGUACAGUACAACUGACAUCAGUGUUUAGUUAAUCUAGAAAGGGUCACUUGCUAUAUUAUUUAAAUGGCUUUCUUUCUUCAUUCUGGCUAAAGCCUGAUUAUAUGGUUUUUAUUCUGUAUUAUCUUGUAUUUUGUGGUGCUCAAGCCUGCUGUUGUGUUGCUUUCAGUGCCCUCUAGUGGUGACAAGUGGAAAUGUCAUGCUUCUUUAUUAAUGUGCUGCCACUCUGUAUUUUCCAAUGCCUCUUUAACAAUCAGUCAGACACCGACCGGGAGGCCAGCUUAGGGACUCCAAAAGGAAGGAUAUCAGAAGCCUACUUUGUGAGACAAUCUUGUUUUUUGAUAAGGGAACAGACCAUAGGGCAGAUUCUGUGUGUGUGUGUGUGUGUGUGUGUGUGUGUGUGUGUGUGUGUGUGUGUGUGUGUGUGUGUGUGUCUGUGGUCUGUACAUAAAUCAUAACAUCCAGGUUUUUCCAACCUCGGGGUCACAGUCUUAGUUGGGAAAUGUAGAUUCCUCUAAAAAGUUCCUAGUCCAACUAAAAUGACUUUUAUCGUUGGUUUGAUGAUAAACUUAAGCCAAGAUGGAGCUGCCCAUAGCAGUGUGUGAGUUGUGUUUGUGUGAAUGUGCAUCAGUCUAUCCAGCCGUGCCUACAGUCACUUACUGCGGUCACUUAUUGCUAGGCAGAGCGGGGAUGUGCCUUUGAAACAGCACCUGGGGAGCAGAUGAAAGAAACAGGCUCUUCUUUAAGCUGAAGAAACACCUGGUAUUACACACCCACACACUCACCUACAUACACAUAUGAUUUUUAAACAAGUUUAUACUGCCCUCCCCCAGCUGUAGACUCUGCCUCAGUAAUGUUUUCCCAGAGAAGCCCCUGCCAGGCUUCUGUGUUAUGACGAGCCAUCUGCCUUUCCCUGGUUCAGAUGGGCAUUUUUACUAAACCCAAACAGGCUAGGCAGCCUCCAGAUACAGGGAACAGUGUGUGGUGUGCAGAGUAUUUGUAAAUGUGUGUGUGUUUGUAUGCGUGUGCAUGCGCACACGCCUUUGCCUUCAGGUACAUGUACAAGAAUAUUUUUCCGACCAGCUGGCCCUUGUAAGAGUUUAUUGAAAAACAAUUUCCCCCAGAUCACAAAGCUACACACCAGUGCAAGUAGGAGCUACAAAGCUAUCUCUCAACCAGGUGCCUAACACUGAAAUCGGAGUGCCGAGGUCAAUUCAGGUGACAAAGAUCAACAUGUAAAUUUAAACUACACUUCAAGAUAUUGGCAUACGCCUUUAUUCCGCGUCUUUUACCAUCAAAAAGAUGUAAGAAUGCCUUGAUGGCAAAACAUUUUCCCUUGUUUUAGUUUUUAAAAGUAAAUCCACUACCUGAAUUGAUGGAAUUAUAAAUGACUUCACCCCAGCCUUGCGGCACAGCACAGUGAUCAUAUCAGGGAACGAAAGCACAGUGAGGGCACCCGGUCCGAAUGUAAAAGAAUAAAUAAAUAAAUAAAUAAAUAAAAAAUAGAAGAAAAAAAUACAGAGGUCUAAAGAAAUGUGAUGUUUACUAUAAGAUGAGUGAACUCUUAAAAAGGUUUUUUAAGUGUUGGUUCUGUUUUAAGAAUCUCCUGUACUCACAGCACAUCAAGUCUGUAUGGAUGGUAACUACAUCUGUGGCAGUCAAUAGCUAAAGUAUUGGCUUGGUGAAGUAAGUUGGUUGUUUGACUGUGGUUUAACAAGCAGGCCAGUGAUGACCCAUGCUCAACAGCUUACAGUCUGCUCUUUUCACUCAUUCAAGUCUUGAUAUCAAGUCCACAUUUCAGAUGACAGUGGCAAAAAGGACUAACUUCAGCUCACUGCUCCAGAAGAAACACAGUGUUGACUGUAAUGGUAUGCUAUACUCACUGUUUUCCCAUCUAAAAUCCAUAACUACAUUGGGAAUAUGAACAAAUUAUUAAAAAAUAAAUAAUGAUUGGUGAUUCAUCCUGGAUGGAAACGGGAUUUUUGUACAUUUAAUACGGUAUGGGCCAAUUACCAAUUUUGUAAAAUGCAGAUGUUUUGCUCACAUCUUUGAAGGUGUGCAUCAAGUUGUAUGUUAAAUAAUGUAUUGCUGUCAGCCAUAACACAUACAUACAUACACAUGCAGUCAUCUUCACACCAGGCCAGUUCCUCAGUUCUUAAUGUUCAGUCAUGUUACAGUGCAUCCUCUUGUUUUCUUCAUUUUUUUUUCUUUGUUGCUUUUAUGCUUUUCAGAAGGACAGAUGUGGGAAAUGUGAAUGUUCAGAUGUUCAGAUGUUCCAUUUUGUAAUAUGUUAAUUUUUUUUUUUUUAUUAUUACAACCUUUGCACAGUGUUUUUGUAUUAAGGAUUGUGUUUACAGGUUUUGGAUAAAAGGUGUGAAUUACUCCAUUCCUGUGCAAUUUUGCCCAAAUGUACCUUUUUUCUCCAUUGUUUUCCUGCCAGUGUUCUUGAUGGAGUGAUUUUUACAGAGGAAAGCGCUGGAACUUGUUCACUCUACAAAAAAAAGCUACCUUUCUUUCACAAAGGCAUCACUGAUCAGACACGAGAGCGGACUGAAUACACCAUCAGUCUACUGUAGUGACCAGCCGUGUUGGCUCAGUGGCUGUAUGAGGGAAGAGGGAUUUCACAAACCUCUGAGUCAUGGCUUCCCCGUGUUGCCUUGAUCCACAGCUUUCCCUGCCCUCACAAGAGCAAACAUGACGCGAGCCGCUCUGAUUGGAGAUUAAUGCACACAUUUCAAAGAGGGUGAUGAGUUUUAUGAAAUACAAAUACUGUUUACAUCCCGCAUUCAUUUCCUUUGUAAAGUGUAAAGGUAUGAAAAAAAUAACAUUUGCAGUGAUCACAGUAUUGAAGUUUCUGAAAUAAAUAAAU